AUUAUCAGGAAUGGAGAGGGCCCGGAUCAUGCUGGAGGCCGCCAGAAUUAUUAGGGAGCGCAGAGAUGAAAUUGCGAGAGCAGAAGUGGCCAACAAUGGCAAAUCAAUCACUGAGGCUCAGGUGGAUAUUGAUGUUGCUUGGCAGUGUAUUGAGUACUAUGCUGGCAUUGCCCCCACUUUGUCAGGCCAGCAUAUACAGCUUCCAGGAGGAUCUUUUGCUUAUACUAGAAGGGAGCCACUGGGAGUGUGUGUUGGCAUUGGAGCUUGGAACUACCCAUUCCAGAUAGCUGCCUGGAAGUCAGCCCCAGCUAUGGCCUGUG